AUGGCGACUCCUGAGCACCAAGAAUUGGCAAAUUUCAUCAAAUCAGUCCACCAAACGCUGAGAGAUGAUGCCGGAGCACUGGGCACUAAAGAAGCUUGGAAAACCCAUUGCCAAGACCAGGACAAGUUGAAAAAAUACGCUUCAGCAAUGCAACAACUAGCGGUACAUCAUUGGGAGAAAAAUGCAUUGUUGAACGACAAAGCUGUUUCGAGAGUAUUAUGGAUUCACGGGGCCUGUGAGGAAUAUUUUUGCAAUUUCAAUAAACACAGGGAAAAGGAGGAGCGUAUAAUGAAAACUUGCUUUGAAAAUCAAAAACUCAUACACAUUGAUCCUCAAGAAUAUCUAACUGCCUCAAAAUUAAAGCUUCUUGACGUUGGGAGCUGCUACAACCCAUUCAAAAAAUUUGAAAUAUAUGAUGUUACAGCCGUUGAUAUUGCUCCAGCAAAUAAUGAAGUCCUAAAAUAUGAUUUCCUAAACCAAACUCCAUUAGAUGUAACUGUAAAACUGCAACAAACCCCAUUUGAUAUCAUUGUGUUCAGCCUCUUACUAGAAUACCUUCCUGAUCCUGAUCAGAGGCUAACCUGUUGCUUAAAUGCCUAUAAACUCCUGAAGCCUGGAGGCAUUUUAACAAUAAUCACUCCCGAUUCAAAUCAUGUUGGGUCUAAGCAUAGAAUAUUCAAGUCAUGGCAAAUUGUGUUGGCUAGACACGGCUUCAUAAGGGUUAAAUACGAAAAACUUCCCUACUUACAUUGUAUGGUGUUUCGGAAAGCUUUGUUUUUAGAAGUGGCUGAAAGGUGGGCCCAUGUUCACGACCGGGAUGAGUUUUAUAAGAAAAUGCAUAUUCCUCAGGAUUUUAGGCAAGAAAAAAGUGAAAGGAGUAAUAAAAUUGAGAAUAAAUGGGUUGAGGAUAGUUUUUUACAGGAGCUUGAUUGUAAUGUUUUAAAUUGA